GCAUACUUAUAUUGUAAUAAGGAAAUAAAACUUAAAUUUUUGUACUAGUGUAUGUAUGUAAUGGUAAAAAUAUACAAAUGUUGAUCAUUGUUCUAGUGAUGUGUUUUCUGUUAUUUCAUGAAAAAAAGGAAGUUUUAGAUAUGGUAGUAGUGAAAAAUACAAAACCAUAACUUCUGACUUUAUCAAGAAAAGGAAGUAUUAAAUAUAAUUAUAGGAUAUACAUGUAUUUGAUGAGUUUUUGUACAUGAGGAUAUACUGAAUUUUAAUCACUAGGGAAGAGAGAAUUAUUAAAAAAAAAUCUUGAAUUGUAUGACAUUAGAAGAAUGCAAUGAGGAUAGGCCACCAUUACGGCCUCUUAACCAAUCAAAACCUGAGAAAGUUACCUCUGGUAGAAACCGACCAAUGAUACAUCCCUGUGUGGACCCACCAGUCUGCGAAGACUGUCAGAAGCUAGAGUUGUCUUUUUUUGACCCUGGAUGUCCAGGUUGCCAUGACAUCCUCGUAAAUCCAAACACAAAAGUGCCGGAGAUAUUUGCAAUAUUGAGACAAUGGACGCCACAGACACAGCUUAAUCUUGACCUUCUGAUAAAUGAGAUAUUAAAACGUGGAGGACAUAUCAAUGACAGAGAUGGUUUAACAGAUAUGACGUUAUUGCACUAUGCCAGUAAAUCUGGAGCUGCAGGUAUCGGUGAUCCCGAACUAGCAUCAGAAGUAGUCAGCAUGUUGUUGUCACGAGGGGCCGAUCCAAAUAUACGAUGUCGGUGGACCAAUAUGACAGCGUUGCAUUAUGCAGCAUAUUUCGAUGUUGUUCCUGUAAUCAAAAUAUUGUUAAAAGCUACAAAGGCAUUAGAUAUAGACAGUAGAUGUACAGAGUUUGACAAUGGCACAGCACUGCAUAUAGCUGCCUCAAACCUCGCUCAUGAGGCAGUGAAAGUUCUAUUACAGAAUGGAGCAAACUCUCUAGUUAAAGAUGAUAUGGACAGAAAGCCAUUAGAUUGCAUUCCUGAUCCUACAGCUUUGGACUGUGACCCGGACAUGCCUAAAACAGUAAUGAAGUUGAAGAAGACCUUACAGGAGGCUGAUUCAGAAGGUGAAAAACGACCCCCGCCAAACUACGACCUCGUUCAGAGCAAAGUCACGUUACAGGCCCUUGGGAUUAAUUUGGGUGAUAAAGUUGUAGUGGGUGGAGUUAAAAAUGGUACAUUGCGGUACUGUGGACCAACAGAGUUUGCCAGUGGGGUUUGGGCAGGUAUAGCAUUAGACGACGAAGCUGGAAAAAAUGACGGAAGUAUUGGUGGAAUAUCCUACUUCACAUGUUCACCAAAACACGGUAUAUUUGCACCUAUCAGCAAGAUCAGUAAACCAGGUGCUGUGAUAAAGUCUGCCCCAAGUCCUAUCAAACAAGCUCCAGUGAACCAAGGAAAUGUGGACGUCUCACAUGUCACAUCUAAAGUGGAUUCAGGAAAGCUAGAGAAGGCAGCGGCUACAUCUACUCCUCGGAAAUCCUCAGGUUUAAGUAAGUCUCGAACAUCAUCCAUUUCAUCGUUAGCAGAGAUUGAGGUUGGAGAUAGAGUGAUUGUGGCAGGACAGAGAAAGGGUACCAUUAAAUUUGUGGGAGAAACAAAGUUUGCACCAGGAAUAUGGUAUGGUAUAGAGUUAGACAGGGCAGCGGGUAAAAAUGAUGGAUCGGUCAGUGGAGUCAAAUAUUUCAACUGUAAAAUGAAGCAUGGUGUGUUUGCUCCACUCUCGAGAAUUCAGAAAGAUUACAAACAGAAAAAAAGGAUAAAUCACAGAAAGGUUUCGUCAUUCAGAAGAAGGAUCACACCUGAAAUGGAAGAAGGGUUAGGUGAUAAACGGUUUAGCUCCAAUGAAUCUCUUGAAACCAUCAGCUGGGGUGCAGUGUCGGAACGGGUAGAUAAACGAGGGUCCGGUACUGUACACCUACGAGAUGGGCGACCAAGGACACCAAACAAGAGACCAAAGAGUGGUACCCCAGACGGCAUCAUGAGAACACCAGGAUCCAGCUCAAAUUUCAAACUUGAAGUUGGCAUGAGUGUGUUUUGUAACAAUGAACUUGGAGCUGUGCGAUAUAUUGGACCAACAGAUUUCGGUGAUGGUAUAUGGGUUGGUGUAGAGUUGCGUACAGCGAAAGGAAAAAAUGAUGGUUCAGUGCAGGGUAAACGAUACUUCUCGUGUAAACAUGACCAUGGACUACUUGUUCGACCAAAUAAAAUUACUGUAAGAGGAAUUAAUGGAGCGAAACUUGUUUCGGAAAUGUAUGGGCAAGCUACCCAGGAAACAUCUGUGACAAAUGGAGAUGUGAAAUGACAGACAAGAUUGACACAAAUCAUUUUUUCUUUGGCAGAUAGUGAUAGAUAGAAGUUUAUUUGUAGAAUAAGGGAAGUAGUCUACACCUACAGAUCUAACUUUGGUGAAUGUCUGCUGUAGCAUCUCACUAAAAUUCAAGUGCCUCGACACAAACAGUUCAUAUCUUAAAGACGACAGGGACAAAAUAUCUUGAGUUUCAGCAUGCAGCAUUUUAAAUUGGUGGAAUCUCAAGUCCAGUAUUAUCUUAAAAUGAAAGUAUUUGAGAUUGUAUGUAUUUAUGUAAGUUUUGAUGUUACAAAAAGGCUUUUAAUAAUGAAAAGGAACUUCUGACAUAUGCAGAUAUGUAACAAAAAUUCUUUUUGUACAAGAACAUUUAUACCUUCAGAUAUACUUUGAAAUUUCCUAAAGUUAAAUUGAGAUUAAAGAUGCAGGAAACCUGGAAAUAAACAACUAAGCAAUUUCUUAAAGGUUUUUUCUUUUCAACAAAACUUCUUCAUAAUGCAUUUAUGAGAAAUAAGAGGCAUUGAAAUUUCCAGAUACCUGCGUGAAGACCUGUUCAUGUAAUAUUAAGUUUCUAUUAAGACGAUGUGAAAAAUUUGAUUUAGUUGCCAGCUAUAUGUAAAUCUACACAUUUAGAAGUUACAGCUUUUUUUUAGCUUAGACAAGACUAGUACAUUUUAAACAUGUACUGCUAUUUUGUGUGAAAAUUGCAGUGUUCUAAAUUUUUGUUCCUCUGAUGCUUAUAUGCAAAAUGAAACAAAUUCGCACAGUACCCUGACAUACUUUCAUCAGUAUGAUUAUUGUUUAAGGUGAAGAAACAUGAUUAUUGAUUUGAAAGAUUAUAUUUGAUGUUUUUGAGCGUACAUUAUACCAUAUAAAAGAUAUUAGAUAUAUUAUUAAGAUGCAUACUUGCCAAUUAUAGCUGUUGCUAUAAGAAUUUGUAUUUGGGGCUAAUUCUUUUACCUAAAGAAAUAUUUCUUGAUUAUGUUCAGAUUUGUGGAAAUGUUAAGCUGCAGUCAUAUAUUUUUUAUGCGCCUGUCUCUGAAAGAGCAGGGCGUAUUAUGUGAACACCCGUGGCUGUCGGGCGGGCAGCAUCCAAAACAUGUCCACUCUCUAAGUCGAACAGUUUUCAUCCGAUCUUCACCAAAUAUCUCAUCCAAGUUCGAUCCAAGUUCGAUAACCACCUAAAUUGCCCCAGGCACUCUUGCAUUAUGGCCCUUGAAUUAGGCCAAGUUCGAUGACGGGCAUAUUUUGUGACAGUCUGGCACUCAUGUUUUCAUGAUCACUUUUUAGGUAAAACUACUUUUCAGUUACCAUUUAAGAAGGUCAGAGGGGGAAAUCAAGGGAGGCAACACUAUAAGUACAGCUUUUUUGAUGUUCUCUCAUUGUAACAAGUGUAAAGUGUUAAAUUUAUGAGGCUGUUUUUCCCCGAUAGGAUAUUUUAUAGUCCUAUAGAUAUUAGUCACCACAGAUAAAAAGGCCAUAUUGCCGACGCAGUACAACACCAGUCAGUUAAUGUACAUCUGGGUAGCUUGAUGCACAUACAGGAAACACAUGUUAGAGGCAAUAUACUACAAUCUUUUAAUGCUAGGUAUUUCUUUGGUACCAGUAUUUAUAUAUACCGAUAAAAUCUGUCCCUAGUUUACAGUUGUUGAUAUAUGGCUAAAAUGUCUCAUUUGAUGUGAUAAUUUUCAUUUUCAUGAUUAACAUAAUUAUUUCAUACCAUUUAUUUCCAUUUUCACUUUAUUUUCAUUGCUAUGAAGAUAAUUUUCUUACAUAUUUCUUAAAUGUAAUUAUGUAGAAUAAUUGUAAGCAAAAAGCUGUUUUUUGUCACUCUGUAAUUAUUUCUCUCCUCAUUGAUUUUACAGUGAGCUGCAUGCAUGGAUUCAAUUUGCUUUUCAAUGUACACAGUUUAUAUUUUGCAGACAUUCCAUACAUGCUUUUAGUAAAUAUUGCAUUAUUCAAUAAUUUUCUCUUUUUCAAACAGUCCUUGAAUUCUGGAAUAUUUACAAUUUCAAGCUUUCAGCUUAAAGUGAUAUUCAGGUUUUGUUUUUCAAGAAGUUGAUACGUGUUGUAUUUAUGCUGUUUUAAUCAGUCUUUUAAUGAAAUAGAAGUCAAAUCAAUGCAGUGGUAGCUGCAGAAAGACUGUAUGUGAAGUAGUGAAAACGUGACAUUUUGUCCAAUCAAGAAUAUUACCUUCAAUAUCAGAUUUAUCUUACAAUUGCCUGUGGUAAAAAGGAGUAACAUUAUCAGAGAGAUGCAGAACUUACAUUUAAUAUAUAGCAAUUUUCAAGCUUAACCUAACCCAGCAUAUCUAAGUCAGGUUAGCAAAGAUACGAUAGUUGAAAGGAUUAAAAGGAUACUAUUCAAUCCUAUCCAGUGUACAUGCCUUUAAGCAGAGAAAGUUUUUUUUUUUCAAAGAAAGCUUUCUGGAAAAUACUUGAUUUUUGUUGGUUUUAUUGGUAUGAUUUCUAUAUAAGCGGACUGUGAAUGGUUAAUAGUUGUAGAAUGAUUAGCAUAUACUUGCCCAUAAGUCUGAACUGGCCAUAAGUGGUGGUGCUGCAUUUAUUAAAAGGGGCUUGCCUCCAGUUUUGUGUAAACACAUUUGAUAUUGAGAAAAUAUUUCUUGAUAUCAGUAAUUAUAUAUCAAAGAUGGUAGCUGGGUUUUUCCCGGGAGUGUCCGGUGUAAAAAAACAUGUUAAAGGCUGUAAAAUGUUUGGUACAGGGUAAAAUUGUGAUGAAGUUUUUUGCUGUACUUUGUAGAACACUAAAAACAUAAGCUUAAAUCUGAAUUCUUAAUUUUCAUUUGUUUUGAAAAUUAUUAUGUUUUAAUGUUAAUCUGGAGGCAGUUUCCAGUAAUAUAAUUCGUUUAAUCUAUUGAGUAUUUCAAAACAUUUUGAUGUCAAGCAGAAUAUAGUGCUUUUGAAGGUCCAAUGGUAGACUUAUGGACAAGAAUGUAAUUACAAUGUAUAAUAUUAGAGAAUUCUCAGUGCCAAAAAAAGAGAGAUAUUUUUUUUUUAGCUCACCUGUCACAAAGUGACAAGGUGAGCUUUUGUGAUCGCGCGGUAUCCGUCGUCCGUGCGUGCGUCCGUAAACUUUUGCUUUUGACCACUCUAGAGGUCACAUUUUUCAUGGGAUCUUUAUGAAAAGUGGUCAGAAUGUUCACCUUGAUGAUAUCUAGGUCAAGUUCGAAACUGGGUUACGUGCCAUCAAAAACUAGGUCAGUAGGUCUAAAAAUAGAAAAACCUUGUGACCUCUCUAGAGGCCAUAAUUUUCAACGGAUCUUCAUGAAAAUUGGUCAGAAUGUUCACCUUCAUGAUAUCUAGGUCAAGUUCGAAACUGGGUCACUUGCAGUCAAAAACUAGGUCAGUAGGUCUAAAAAUAGAAAAACCUUGUGACCUCUCUAGAGGCCAUAUAUUUCACAAGAUCUUCAUGAAAGUUGGUCAGAACGUUCACCUUGAUGAUAUCUAGGUCAAGUUCGAAACUGAGUCAUGUGCCAUCAAAAACUAGGUCAGUAGGUCAAAUAAUAGAAAAACUUUGUGACCUCUCUAAAGGCCAUAUUUUUCAUGGGAUCUGUAUGAAAGUUUUUCUGAAUGUUCAUCUUGAUGACAUCUAGGUCAAGUUCGAAACUGGGUAACAUGCGGUCAAAAACUAGGUCAGUAGGUCUAAAAAUAGAAAAACCUUGUGACCUUUCUAGAGGCCAUGUAUUUCACAAGAUCUUCAUGAAAAUUGGUCAGAAAGUUCACCUUGAUGAUAUCUAGGUCAAGUUCGAAAGUGGGUCACGUGCCUUGAAAAACUAGGUCAGUAGGUCAAAUAAUAGAAAAACCUUGUGACCUCUCUAAAGGCCAUAUUUUUCAUGGGAUCUGUAUGAAAGUUGGUGUGAAUGUUCAUCUUGAUGAUAUCUAGGUCAAGUUCGAAACUGGGUCACGUGCGGUCAAAAACUAGGUCAGUAGGUCUAAAAAUAGAAAAACCUUGUGACCUCUCUAGAGGCACAUAUUUUAUGAAAUCUUCAUGAAAAUUUGUCAGAAUGUUCACCUUGAUGAUAUCUAUGUCAAAUUAGAAAGUAGGUCACGUGCCAUCAAAAACAAGGCCAGUAGGUCAGAUAAUAGAAAAACCUUGUGACCUCUCUAGAGGCCAUAUUUUCCAUGGGAUCUGUAUGAAAGUUGGUCUGAAUGUUCAUCUUGAUGAUAUCUAGGUCAAGUUCGAAAGUGGGUCACGUGCCAUCAAAAAGUAGGUCAAUAGGUCAAAUAAUGAAAAAACAUUGUGACCUCUCUAGAGGGAUCUGUGUGAAAAUUGGUCUGAAUGUUUAUCUUGAUGAUAUCUAGGUCAAGUUUGAAACUGAGUCAACUGCGAUCAAAAACUAGGUCAGUAGGUCUUGAAGUAGAAAAACCUUGUGACCUCUCUAGAGGCAAUACCCUUGAAUGGAUCUUCAUGAAAAUUGGUCAGAAUGUUCACCUUGAUGAUAUCUAGGUCAAGUUUGAAACUGGGUCACAUGCCUUAAAAAACUAGGUCAAUAGGUCAAAUAAUAGAAAAACCUUGUGACCUCUCUAGAGACCAUAUUUUUCAAUGGAUCUUCAUGAAAAUUGGUCAGAAUUUUUAUCUUGAUAAUAUCUAGGUCAAGUUCAAAACUGGGUCACAUGAGCUCAAAAACUAGGUGACUAUGUCAAAUAAUAGAAAAAAUGAUGUCAUACUCAAAACUGGAUCAUGUGGGAAGAGGUGAGCGAUUUAGGACCAUCAUGGUCCUCUUGUUGUUUUUUUAGUAGAAGUAGUGCAUACAGAGAUGUGUAUUUAAAGUUUGUAUUUAGUUUCAUGUAUUUAUUUUUCAUUUUAAGCAUAGUUUACGAGAAUGUGUUAGUGCUUUAUGUUUGGAGAAAGGCAAAAAAGUCUGCCUCUUUUAGUUUAAAAGAUAGCUCCAAGUAGAGCAUAAUGUUCUUCUGUUUUCACCUAGUGUUGGUGUCACAUUAAACCCAACAAAAUAUUUUUUUCACAGCAGAAGUAUUUUAGCAUUUAUAGGUUAACAUUAAGUGCUCUCUAAUUUUUUUGUUAAAAUAUAAUGGUGUAUACAUUUAAAACAAUAAUUGCUUGAGGUCAGAAGGGAAUAAGCAAGGUACUGGAGUUAUCCAAGGAUGUGACCAGUCCAAAUGUUGGAAAAAAAAGGAAAGUGGCUAGGGAUCACAUAAGUCGUUUGAGUGAGCCUGGGUUCUUGAGAUAUCCAUGCACAAGCUAGUGGUGUUUCGCUAUAGUUACUGGCAUGAACAUAUGCCAAAUUUUCCUGUAUAUGACAAAAGACAAAUGCUUCAAAGGGGUAAAAUAUCUGAUACAUUCUAACAAACAAAAUCAUUUUUCUAUUUAGGUUUUUAAAAAAUAUCAGUGUCUUUUACAUUUAAUGUAAGUCAAAUUAGUCAAUGUAUAAUGAAACUCUAUUCAAAUUUUUACAAAAUGGAAAGAGCAGUUUUUAAUUUAUGGUAUUUCUGGUUUUAUUUUGCUUCACCAGUAUGCACGUAACUUGAAAAAAAAAAUGUAUUCUGCAAAGUCAUGUUCGAAAAUAAAGAGUACGGAAAUGAUGAAUUUAAAUUUUUGAAGAUGCACUUUUUCCCUAGGCCUAGAAAAAUUCUUUGUUUCCGAUAACAUGCUCCAAAAAAUUAGGGUAGGUAGAUGGGAAUUUUUCUUUUUUAAUAAGCGGGACUUUUCGGAAAUUAUUUUUGUGUCAAAAAAUGGAUACAUAUUAGAGGGUUAUGUUUUUAGAGCUUCUUUAAGUUGAUUUCUUACACCACUGACCAUGUUAAAAGCAUAAAAAGUGCAGUUUUGCAACUCUUUGUUAAAAAGUUGAAAAAAAGAAAA